AUGGGUCAUAUGGGCGUUGACCGUACACUGGAUCUUGUAAGGACCAGAUUCUUUUGGCCAAAAAUGGCUUUGGAUGUUGAGAGAAAAGUCAAAACAUGUGGCAGGUGCAUAAGGAGGAAGGCGCUACCUGAGAGGGCUGCGCCUUUGGUCAACAUUAAAACCACCAGACCCCUUGAGCUCCUCUGUAUGGACUUCCUCUCCCUUGAACCUGACAAAAGUGGGACCAAAGACAUACUGGUGAUCACAGAUCACUUUACUAAGUUUGCGGUUGCCAUACCAACACCUAACCAAAAGGCCCGCACAGUGGCAAAGUGUCUGUGGGAGAACUUUAUGGUGCACUAUGGAAUGCCAGAAAAGUUGCACAGUGAUCAGGGACGGGAUUUCGAGUCCCGCACAAUAAAAGAGCUUUGUCAAGUGGCCGGCAUACACAAAGUAAGAACAACACCAUACCACCCUAGGGGCAACCCCGUUGAGCGAUUUAAUCGCACCUUACUAGACAUGCUAGGUACUCUUGAAAGCCCAGAGAAAUCUCAUUGGCGUGAUUUUGUAAAACCCCUGGUCCACGCCUAUAAUUGCACCAGGAAUGAGGUGACAGGAUUCACACCAUAUGAACUGAUGUUCGGACGUCAGCCUCGUCUGCCGGUGGAUUUAGCGUUUGGAUUGCCAGUGCAAGGGGGUCAGCAAACAUCACACGCAGAGUAUGUGCAAAACCUUAAGUCACGACUUGAAGACAGCUACAAGAUCGCAAUUGAAAAUGCUGCAAAGAUAGCACACAAGAACAAAGUGAGGUAUGACAGGCAUGUGAGCGCUUCGGACUUGGAAGCUGGAGACAGAGUAUUGGUCAGAAACGUUCGCAUUCGAGGAAAACAUAAGAUUUCAGACAAGUGGGAGUCAAUUGUCCAUGUAGUGGUGAGGAGAGCAGGUACCCUGCCCGUCUAUACAGUCAAACCUGAAAAUCAGGAUGGUCCUUUGAGAACACUGCAUAGGGACUUACUCCUUCCAUGUGGUUACUUACCUACCGAGGUCAACAAGGCGCCUAAUCAGCAGCCCACAAGACGCAGGCCAGCAACCCGUGCAAAUCCUAUUGUGGAUGAGAAUCACUUCUCAGAGGAGGAAGAUGAAAUCAUUCCAGUUUACUAUUUUAGAGAACCCUCAAAUGCUCAGUUUCCCACACUCCACGACCGUCUAGUGCAGCCUGAUCCAACUAUGUCUAUUGUGCAGGAUAAACCGCAUACUGAACCUUCAAGCAAUUGUCCUGUUGAGAGUCCAGUAAAUGCUCAAAAUGUUGAUUGCACUCCUGAAAUUAACAAGCCACCUGAUAUGUCCAAUGGUGCCUCAGACAGUCCCCUUAUACUGAAUGAUCCUAACUGUCACCACUACGACACUGAGGACCUACUUACCAAAAGAGUCAUGCUUGAUGAACAAGUUGAUGAAAGCGUUAUGACCGAAAGUAACUUACCUGCUAGUAAAAACCCUGUGGUGGAACAAAACUUACCUGAUGAGGACAUCCAAGUUGAGCAGCUUCCAGCGUUCUCUGACAUGUUAGAGAGUGAAAAGGAGAUGAGUUGCAAUGAAAGUGAAGAGCCAGAAGAUGAAAUAAAGGAUACAACAGUCAGGAGAUCAGAGCGGAACCGUCAGCCGUCAAAGAGACUUGACUAUGCUGAACUUGGAAACCCCUUUGUCACUGUAGUUAAAUCAUUCUUUCAGGGGUUAACCACAGCUGUGGCUGACAUUUUAAGCGAGGGUGAAAACUCUCAUCCUUCUGUCCUGUACCCUGAGAUACAAACAGUUUAACCAUUGCCAUGUACAGGGACGCACAUGAGUUCAAAGGGGGAGAGUGUAGCCAGGUUUAAUAAUAAGAAAUCAUAUUUAGCUGUAUAACCCAGUCACGAAAGGGUUAACUUUCAUUUUGUAUCUUUGAUGGACUUGUGAGUGAGCCAAUGGGUGAAUUCUAUGAGGCACUGAGCUGACCAAUCAGUUGCCAGAUAGGCUCCGUUACGGUUACGCCUCUAGUUUUGCGUCACUAUACGUUCUUUUGGCGCUUGCACUUGAACAUAUGAGGUUGUGUUAUCUGCUUGAGUGUAAACAAAAGCUGUGCCUGAAUCCACUGUUGUCACGGAGCUAAAGGCAGUGAAUUCCGUUAAAAUGGUGAGUUGUUUAUCUAGGCAUUUGAGUUUGCUAAUAUUCAUGUUAACAGACCAGGCUUUUGCUGCCUAUUUUUGUAUUUAUCCUAGUCUGCUGAGUUUAUGAGUUCGCUAGCAUCUAUGCUAAUCUGUGUUAAUGGGUGAAUCAAUGCAAAGGUGCUCAUUUUGUAAAGCUAAAGGUGUAAACUACUGUGUGCCUAUGUAAAUAAGGUAAUUAGCCACAAUAGGCAAGCAAAAUACUGGGUAAUGUCUUAAAACCAUCAAGUUAUUUCGGUUGUGGGUUAUAAAAGCAAAUGUUAACUUCAUACUGUUGCUAAAUAGUUAGUUUGUUAAAUAAUGAUGUUAAAAAUUAUUGAUUUAAUUGUGGUCACUGAAGCUUAAAGAGGUAAUAUUUUUAGUGCAGUCUUUCCACUGUUACCGGUGCAGAGGGGGACAAAUAAGCACGCUAAUGCUUUAGUGCUUCUAAUGUAAAGUGAUACAAUUUGAUUAAUAUUUAUAUGUAAUUCAUGCAGUUUUAUUUUUCAUACUGUCAAUGUUACUGCUGUAAGGUUUCAUAAAAACUUGAAUUUGAAAUGUGUCUUAUGAAGGAUGCAAUUUAUGAAAAAUGUACUUUUGAUACUAAGAGAAAUUCAUAUAGUUUUGAUACCUGAGAAGAAACAUAAGAGCUGUUGUACAACAAGAGAAAGAUUUUUAUAUUGCGUUAAAGGUGUACUGAAAUAUUAUUUUAUUUUGUAGUAGCCUGUAAUAUUCCAUUUAUUCACUGAAUGGUAAUUGAAAGAAAUGAUUUGGCCUUAUUUAUAGGUCAGGUUUUGGUAAAGAGUUGGAAACAUCGUGCGGAGAUCCUUUGCAUGGGGUAAUACAGGUCCAGACGUCCAUCCAGAGAUUCAUUGAUUCCCAGUCCGCGUGGCUGGGUGGCGAGCCAACCGUGUUUGAGAACGAAUCAAGUUGCUUUGGACAAACUACCCGGAUCAUCCUCUUCAUCUUCGUUGUGGUAGGACAAACACUAACUCAAACUGAAAAAAAGGGCCCCAACGGUGAAAUUAAAUUCUGGUCAACCAAGGCAAGUCGAACCGAGAACGAACUGAGCUCAAAGAAACUGAAAAGAGAGGGUUUUGUUUUGUUUAUGUGCGCACUUUAUUAUUUUAGUUUGUUAUUUUUCAUAAAAUGUGUUUUUUUAUUGUAUGUAUGUUCCACCUGUGAAUUUAAUACAGGUUGUCUAAACUGUCA